GUCUUAAUAAAAAUAAAGUAACAGUUUUCGAAAGGAGCCAACUUCGGUAUUCAAUUCUCCUUGAUCACCUGCAAUAAAUCCACUUGCCACCAUGGACUUGCCACGAAGACUAAAAACUCGCAAAGUUAAAGUAGCAAAACGUUCUCUGUAUGAACGCGGUCUAAAUAUUUCAAGAACUCAUUGUGAAUGAAUUAUGUAUUCAAAUGAAAAUAUGAAAAUUAAAUAUGUAUUCAAUUCAUGUACUCGUAUCCUAGUGGAAAGUUGUAUUAAAUUUCGGUUAAUUUUGCUGCUGAUUCGAAUUAAACUAGGCGUCAAUUUAUAUAGUACACUCAAUAAUAUUAUUUUCUAAAAAUGUUACCCAAAGAAUAUCUUGACAGCUGGAAUGAAUUAUGUGCUGAAUGCAAAAUGGUCGAGGCAGACUUGGCAAACCCAUCGGAGAUAUGGCUUACUAAAGUCCUUAUAAGUUAUUUAAGAAUGUUUGGCUACCGGGUCGAAAUACCGAAUUCCGAGGAGGGCACACGCGAUAAGCGACGGUAUUUAAUAAAAUUAGUACGUCAUAUCGAUCAUAUAUACAAAAUAACUGAUAAAACAUUUACGUUCACCUAUUAUGAUUUGUUGAGGCCAAGCCCUAAAAAGACAUCGCAUAUGUUGAGGAUUCUUUUAAAUUACUUAUAUUAUUUCAAUAUGUUCAAAACAAACGUAUUUAAAAUGGCAACGGAACGACUGAAAGAACGACAAAAUAUGGUGGAUGAAAUAAAAUAUACAAUUGAGGAAAACAAAACACGUCAUACUAAAGCCGAAAAGUUACAAGAGGAGGUGGCUUCCCUUUCCAAACAAAUUCCACUACUGAUAAACGAGUUAAAAUCUCUUAACUCUCAAAUAAAACAGAGUAAAGAACAUUCGCAACAAAAGCAAGAUGCUGUAAAAGACCUGAAAUCAAAAAUAGAUGAACUUAAAGGACAAUUACGGAACUUAAGGAGGCUAAUAGUUCCCGAAGAUGAAGGACAGGAAUUACAAACUCAAUUGGGAAAAAUACAAGAAAAUAUUUCUGACUGCGAACAACAAACCCACAAUGCUGAAAGCAAUUUGAAAACGCAUAUUGUGGAUAAUAGUGGGCUGCAAGAUUUGCUAAAAAUUGUUGAACUUUCCAAAGAAGUUUUAUCGUCGGAGUUUGUAGAUAGCUUUAACGAAAUUAUUAAACAAAUUAUGAGUACUGAAGUAAAAAUAGCUAGCUUUGAGAAAGAAAAGAACCAACUAGUCCAGAUGAUUAUUGGACAUCAAAAAGCCAUGGAAUCCUUACAGGAGGGGGUCAAACAUGGACAAGCCCAAUAUAAUGAGGAAAAACAGAAACAGUGUCAAACAAUAAUAUGUAAAACGAAGGAAUGUGAGAUUCUUGGGACACAAGUCGGUACUCUAAGAGACGAGGUUGUUGAGGCGGAGAGCUCUAUAAAUGAUCAACAGCGCUUCCAUUCAUACAUUCAAAAGCACGUUGCAACGUUGAUGAACUCGUACAAAUGAAUUAAUCUGAAUAUGUAUAACAGCUCUACUUAUCCCUUAAGUAUAAAAAUAUAUACAUAUAGUCGCCGACUGUCAUUCAAAGCGUUCA